CAACAUAAAGUACUUCAGAUAUUCAAGUUAAAUUCUUCUACUAACAAUGGUACUCUUAGGUACUUGACCUUCCAUCCAUAUCUAGUCAAGCUCCAAUUUCUAUUCCUGACCCCUAGCUGGGUAAUCAAUGUCAUCUGAAAAUAUCAAGCCGAAACAAGUAUUGGUGCGUCCUUCUAUGAUGGAAGCUGGGGCGCGCCUCUUUGUUACCAGGUUUCUUCAAACAUAUGUCUCCAGCGGAUGUUUAACAUUAUUGGAGGAAGAUGGUACAACCUUUUACUUCCAAGGAGAAAGGAGAAACUGUUCUCUGAAAAUUGUUCUUAAAGUUCACAGUCCCCAAUUUUACUGGAAGGUCAUGACACGAGCUGAUUUAGGCCUAGCAGAUGCAUAUAUUGAUGGGGAUAUUUCUUUCACCGAUAAGAAUGAAGGUCUUCUAAACCUUUUUAUGAUUCUUAUUGACAGUAGAGAAUCAAAUUCCUCUGUCUCAAGGUCGAAAAGCAGAAGGGGCUGGUGGACGCCAUUGCUAUUCACAGCUGGCAUAGCAUCGGCAAAAUAUUUUUUCAAGCAUUUGCUGAGGCAAAAUACUCUUACACAGGGUCGCAGGAACAUCUCUCGUCAUUAUGACUUGAGUAAUGAUUUUUUUUCCCUGUUCUUGGACGAAACAAUGACAUACUCGUCUGCUCUAUUUAAGAAGGAAGAUGAAGACUUGAAGGUUGCACAGCUGAGAAAAAUCUCUCUUCUGAUUGAAAUGGCAAGAAUUGAUAAGAAGCAUGAGGUCCUUGAUAUUGGGUGUGGAUGGGGAGGCUUUGCUAUUGAAGCUGUCAAACAAACUGGGUGCAAAUACACUGGCAUCACUGUGUCUGAAGCGCAGCUGAAAUAUGCGGAAAAGAAAGUGAAAGAUGCUGGCCUUCAGGACCAUAUUAGACUACUUCUUUGCGACUACCGGCAAUUGCCUCCUACCUAUAAAUAUGACAGAAUUAUAUCCUGCGAGAUGAUAGAACAUGUGGGCCAUGAAUAUAUGGAAGAUUUUUUUGGUUGCUGUGAAUCACUAUUAGCAGAAGACGGGCUUCUUGUUCUGCAGUUCAUAUCGAUACCAGAUGAACGAUAUAAUGAGUAUAGGCAAAGUUCAGAUUUCAUCAAGGAAUAUAUUUUCCCCGGUGGAUGCCUGCCAUCACUAAGCAGGAUAACAGCAGCCAUGGCUUCUGCAUCCAGAUUCAGCGUGGAGCUCUUGGCGAACAUCGGGAUUCAUUACUACCAAACACUCAGAUGUUGGAGAAAAAAUUUCACGGAGAACCGGAGCAAAGUCCUCGCUCUCGGCUUCGAUGAAAAGUUUAUAAGGACGUGGGAAUAUUACUUUGAAUAUUGUGCAGCUGGUUUUAAGUCGCGUACACUCGGAGAUUAUCAGAUUGUCUUCACGCGUCCUGGGAAUCAUGCUGCAUUCGGCAAUCCAUAUCAAACUGGUGUGCCUUCGGGAGUUGAUCAUCAUCGGCCUGUUCCCGAUGGAGAAAUCGAAACUUCGUAAUAAUGCCAGCUUGGAGUAAUACUUUGAUCCUUUUUCCCAAAGUAUAUCAAAGAAUAUUGCACUCAAGAGUCUAUCGAUAUGCACUGAUAUAUUUUACUUUACCAGUACUUUCUAUGAAAAAAGUAAUGAAUAAUAAUAUUGGUAUACUGGUAUCUCUGCCUUCGAAUUUGGAGCAUGGAGAUCAUGUCGCUUGGCGUGCG